UUUCAUAUUCGAAACCUAAACUUACAUUAAUAUAUGUACAUAUACUAGCUGACCCGGCAAACGUUGUUUUGCCAUGCAUAUUAUUUCUAGGAAACAUUCUUUUAGUUCAAUAAAAAUAACUAUCUACUACUAAGUAUGCGGGGAUGUACUUAUAAUCGAAAGCAUUAUAAACAAUGAAAGUAUGCUUUAUUUAAGUUAAUAAAUUAAUCCUUAUUAAAGUAACGAAUACAUAUAUUUUAAAUUACAAUUUUUGAUAGCUUUCUAAAUAAAAAAAUAAUUAUUCAUAUUAUCCUAUCAAUUAUGGCAAUUGAAAAAAAAAAUUUAUCUCUCAGUGCAAUAGAGUGUACAAUAUUCUUGGUUAGUCCGUCUUUAGCCAACACAAACAAACUGGAGGGUUUUCCCACGCGAUAACAUGCCACAUAUACAUACAUAGUUGUCCGUUGGAUAAGCAUGGUGUUUCCAAAUCUAAGCCACAUACAGACAAUGUCUGGCCUUGUGACUUAUUGAUCGUCAUAGCGAAUGCCAAUCUAAUGGGGAAUUGAGUGCGUUUGAAUUCAAUUGGCACAUCUGUAGUAAUCAUAGGGAUUCGUGGCAGCAACACAUUUUCGCCUUGAAACUUGUCAUUCAAGAUGAUGGCUUCAAUGACGUUUUUCAUUAAUUUUGUGCCAUUACACAGCCGUGGUGGGUUUAAAUUGCGAAGCAGAAUAAUCGGAGAUCCAACCUUCAAUUGUAAAUAAUGUGGUGGCAUGCCUGGCAAAUCCAAUGAAUUUAAAAACUCAAUUGGAUAAUUCACAGUCUGGUUGGUAUCGCAAACUGCAUCGAUAGAUUUGUAUGACACCAAGUCCCCAGGCAACAACUGUUGAAUCUUUAAAUUUAACCCAUUCACGUCUACAUUUUUAGCUGCCAAAAUCGUUCUUUCUGCCAGCCACUUACGAUUUGCAUAUUGUGUGUGUACGUCGGGAAAUAUGGGAUCGAUGAGAGUAUUUUGCGAGUCGAUGAUUGUGCAGAAGUCCGUCUGUAAUUUAAUGCAUCCAGUAUUUUCAUGUACAUCAACUUUCCCAUCACCAAUAUCUAACAGUUGUUUAUAGAAAUUUUCGGCGGAUGGAUCCUGAAGCAUUUGAACGCGCAUGUUCACCGUCAGCUGUACUUUUUCAACAUUACGCCAUAGUCGCGAUGAUUUUAAGCAAGCAUUAAUUUCAUCAGCGUACGUUGAAUGUGGAAUAACGGGAAGAGUUUGUCUAAAAUCACCAGAAAGAAGUAACAAAGUGCCGCCAAAUAGUUUAUUAUUGUUUUUUAUAUCCUUUAAUGUCCUAUCUAAUGCCUCAAGCGAAUGUUUGUGUGCCAUAGUGCAUUCAUCCCAAAUAAUAAUUUUACAUUGUUUCAGCACUAUGGCCAUAGGCGAUGGUUUUUUUAUGUUGCACACUGCAUUUGGAUUAUUUUGAAUGUUCAACGGCAGCUUAAAUGCUGAAUGAGCUGUUCUGCCUCCAUCUAAUAAAGUUGCUGCAAUGCCAGAAGAUGCAACGGCCAAUGCGAUGUCAUUUUUUGAUCGUAUCUCGGCCAGAAGUAACGAAAUAAGGAAUGUUUUGCCAGUUCCACCUGGUGCAUCCAAAAAAAAAGAAUCCUCCUUGUCCUGCCGAAACUGCCAGCAUGAUGCGGUCGUAAAUAAUUUUUUGUUCAUCAUUUAGUAGUGGAACAUUGCGACUAACAAUGCCUGCCAUUUCUACAGUAUCGUACUGUAGUUCACGAUUGAUAUCUGUGUUGAAUAAAUCAGAUGCACUUCGAUUCGGUGAGCUCAAUUCGCAAUAGCAAUGCAAAGAUUCUCGAUAGCAAUCAAUGCUUCAUUGCACAUUGCAUCACUGAAUGAUAUCGUUAGAUCGUUGCACCUUGUACGUUGUCGAUACAAUAUAUCAUCAGUCAUUGAAUCUUUGUGAUUAUCCCACAACAUUUGGCUCGUAUACAUAUAUGUAUAUACAUAUGUACAUACUGUCAUAAAAAUUAUAAAAUAUUAGACUUUUAUAAGAAACUCUCUGCCGAAGUUUGAUUCGGCGGGCCCAAUAGUACCCAAAAUUGUAAUGUUGACGUUGGGCAUAGCUCAAUUAUAUAUAGUGCAUACAUACAUCUACGCAAACGCCGUAUACAUACAUACCUUAACAUCUUUUUAUUCCUCCAUUCUUUAUUUGCCGAAUUUUCGUUUUGUCGUUCAUUGACCCUUACUAAAAAAGAGGUUGCGGUAGCUCUUCUGCCGUUGCUGUAGCAUACAACCACACAGCGCGAAAACAAAUAGCAUAACGUGAAACUCAACUUUUGAGCAUGAGUGCUGCUUAUUUCUCUCAAUGUUAUAUCUAUAUACAUAUCUACAUACAUAUGUAUAUUUAACAAUUUAACGGUUUUUUUCAAUAAUCUAAAGAAAUCAUAAAUAUAUCAAAAUAAUUUCCAUAACAAGUAGGAAAGGGCUAAGUUCAGGUGUAACCGAAAGAUUAAGCUUAAGAAAUUCCAUCAGGCGCUGGCAAAAUUUAAUAUUGAACAAGUUAGAAAGGCUAAGCAAGGGCUAUAAGGGUCUAGGGCAAUUUUCCCCGAUUUUAUACAUUUUAGGCACAAAGAUGCAUAAACGACUCCUUCGGAAUUUUUAUAAUAUAUCGCACAGAUUGACCGAUAUUUUCGAUUGCAAUUGGAACUUUAAAACAAUCAUUAGGUGAACGAAACUAUUAAACUAUGUAGCAACAUGUUGCAAAAUUAUACAAAUCGAAUCCUUAUAUAGAAUCAUUUCCUAUAUGACAAGAUACCUUCCCAAAAUUUAGGAUAUAUUUUUAUCCAGUGCAGCGCUACAAUUUCCAUUCCUAUUCAGGAUAAAUUAACAGAUUUUGUGAGAAAAUGCGUGCCUGUGAGUACUCAUACUUAUACAAAUCUGCAAACUUAUGCACAUUCGUUUUACAUUGCGUUUGCAUUGAAAACACACACAAAAAAUUAUGUCUACAGCUGACGACAUCGCUGCUGAGAAAGUUCUCCGCAGACUACGCCGACGUCAACCGAUUUAACAAAGCGUCGUUGAAUAAAAUGUAAGUUGAGCAAAAAAGUGCAAAACUUGGCUGCGGCUACUACAACGUUGGCGAAUAUAACAGCUUUGAACUUGAACUACACGUGGAGGCAGUGCAACGGUUUUCAACUGCAUACUGCUCAAAGUGCAUGUGUGCUUAGGUCCGUGCAGUUUUGUCUGGGAGGCAUUGCACGAGUUUUCAACAGACGAACUACGCCAAAUGCAUACGAAGCAAAACGAAGUAUGCAAACAAUGAAUAACUACGGCGCAGGAACGCACAGAACGGAGAGUAAUUUCAGAUAUAAAUGCAUAGGCAUAUGUACAUAUGUAUAUGUAUGAUGUAUGUAUAUGAAAAUUUGCCUGUAUGUGUACUUACAACAGAGUAUUACAUUUUUUGCGAAAAUUCCCAUAUAACAUAUGUAUGUAUUUUUUUUCAACUUCUCAUCAAGCACACAUAAUGGCCUAUCUCGCUAUAGACACAUACAUACAUACACACAAUUUUUAAUCUGGGGAGAUGGCAUUGGUCAAUCUUCAUCUUCAAACACUUGAAACUGGAUUUAGAAAUCAGCCGUCUGAAGAAUAUCUCUACUAUCUCUAGUGAUUCAAGAUGUGAUAAGUUUCAAUAUGAACAAAUAAGGUUUUGUUAUUAUAUUAGUAUGGAUGAUGGGUACGCGUUUAAGACCAAAUUAAUACCAGAAGUUUAGCAGCCUGAAAUCGCUGAGUGGUUCAUAAUGAGACUACAUAUUUCGAAAUUGAUAUACAUACAUAUGUACAUACAUAUGUGUGUACAUAUUCCCUUCUCAGAUAAGAUCUGUGUCACAGAUUAUCACAGACAUGGUUGCAAUUAUUCAUUAAAAAAAUAAUUUAGUUUACUUUUGAAUUAAUUUUAUUUUAUUCCGAAUGUCAAAUAUGCGAUUAAAAAAAUAACAAAAAGUUAACUUCGGUUGUACCGAAAAUACAAAUACAAAAAAAGCAUUACAAGAACUUUAAUCAGUCAGUUUGUAUGGCAGCUAUACAUAUGUACAUUACUACAGAGACUCGAUCAGAACAAUUUAUUUCAAUAUUACAUCAUUGCUUUAGACAUUAACACAUGCCAAAUUUCCGAUUUUGAUUCCAGUAUGAUAUUUCGCCCAGCUUCUUGGUGAGAAGAUAUCUCAAAAACUAAAGGGCUAUUUCACAUACAUAUGUACAUAUAUACAAACAGACGGACGAACAAACAGACUGACUCCGGGCCAAACACUGUGACUGUGACCUUUUACUAAAAUUAAUAUAAAAAAAAAAACAAUUAAAGCUUAAAUAAGCAUGGCGGAUUCUGUUUGCAAAUUAAGAGAUUGGUUUUGUUUUAUUUGUGGACAUUUUACGCACCUUCAAAGCAGAAGAAAGAUAUUCCCUACAAUUGAAGAACCAUAUUUUCUUUUCUUUGGAAUACGAUUUUUAUGUGAAGCUUGGAUACCAAAAACUGUAUGUACUACUUGCGAAAGUGGUCUUUUGACCUGGUACAAAGGCAACACUAAGGCGCUGCCAUUUUCUGCGCCUAUUACAUGGAUUGAACCUGAAAAUCACAAAUCAGAUACAUGCUAUUUCUGCGUAAAUUACAAAUUUGGUAGAAGCCAAAGGCACUACGCGAUAAUGACAUACGAAACAACAAAUAAUGUCAUUUUACCAGAAGUGUGCUGUGAAGGUGUUCCGGUGCCUCAACCGCCUACACAUUAGUGAUGAGCGAUAUUUCACUACCGGUGAUUUUUUCACUGUGAUUGAAAAAUCGCAAAUCGGAACUGCGAUCACAAUUUAUAAAUAGCAGUUCUCUUCUGUGAACUGCGAUUGCGAUCGCAGUUCGAAACUGUGAUCGCAGUUUGAACCUGUGAACAGCGAUCGCAGUUCUAAACUGUGAUCGCAGUUCGAACCUGUGAAUAGCGAUCGCAGUUCGAAACCUGUGAUUUACGAUAGCAGUUCAAACCUGUGAAUUACGAUCACAAUAGCAAAUAGCAGAAAAGUAACAACUUUCUUCAGGGUAUUGUACAUAAAUAUAUAUCGUAUAUGCUAUUUUUCGUCAUAGCGGUUUGAAGUUUUGAGUGUAACGCUCUUAUAAUUUUUAAUAAUGGCAGGAAAUGUAUCAAGGAAAAGAAGUGAAGUAUAGCAGAUGUUUGAAGUGGUAGAUGAAAUGUAAGCAAAAUGGAAUUAUGGAAUAUUUUAAUUUGUUUUAAUUAAAGUUUUAAUUUUACUUAUUGUUUGUGAUGAAAACAAGAAUUGUAACUAAUUAAUUUCAGAAGAAAUUAUGGAAUAAAAAAAUUACGGGGUUUUAAUAUUUGGGAAAUGUUUAGUAUCGCGCCGGUUUAGUAUCGUUUAUGGAGAAAAACAGGGGAGGGCUACCCCCCCUCACGCCCCCUUAUUGGAAAGAGGAAGGAUCGAACUUUUAAAUUUUUGGUUUUUCGCAUUAUUGAACUCAAUGCAGAAAAAGGUGUAUUAUAUUUAAAGAUUUACAAAGAAAUUAACAAUCAAAAGUAAUUAAAAACAUUACUAGUGGUUUUUAUAAUUCAUAAGUAAUAUAUGUGCGUGAAAAUGUAUCCAUAAUUGGUUUGGUACAAUGCACAUUAGGUGAAAAUACACUAGCAUAUAUUGAGAAAUUUGCAAAAAAUAUCAUUUUUUAAAGUGAAUUUUUGGAAAAAUUUGUGAACCGAUUUUUAUAAAAUAUGAUUUAAAAUAAAGUUCGAUAAUUUACGCAUACAUGCGUGUUUAAAAUUUUCAAUUUGGUUCUGUCGUUUAGGUACAGUAAGCGAAAAUUAACCGGCGCGAUACUAAACCCAACCCUAAUAUUUUCCCAAAGAUUAGGAAACUCCCGUUAAUUAUUAGAUCUUGAAAAUAUUAAAAGCGGGUAUUCUAAACAAACAAAUUAUCACCACACUAAUAGUAAUUCCUUCUAAGAAAUGUGUGAAACCAUCAUACCAACAUACAAAUGAACUAUGCUAUACGGUCUAAGUGUCAGGUAGCCGUACCGCUCCAACAUUUGCGAAAAUGUAGUGAAAAGAAAGGCGGAAAAACUUCACUCGAGUUACAGGAGCCAAAAGAGAAUUUGCCGCCAAUAACGACAAAAUGUUUUCGUCGUUCCCACGACAGUCGGGUCUACGUAAGUGGAACAGAUCAGGACUUUUAUUCGGCCAAACAGUGUCAAAUUGGCAGAAUCUGCCGCUACAACAACAACAACGAUAUUUUAACGUCGACUUAGUUGCGAUCGCAAUAGCAAUAUAAAAUCACAGUGCUUUAAAAAUAGCAAUCACUGAAAUCACAGAUAUCGAAAAAUCACCAUAUCGCUCAUCUCUACUACACAUACAUUUUCGGCCAAUAUGACAUACGCCAAUACAGAAAUAACAGCGGCGGUUGAAAACAUAUCAGAUAUAAGUUACUUGCCUCCUGGUGGUUUAAACAUAUGUCCUAAUUUGAUAGACCAAGCUUAUUUUGAAGAUCUCGUAAGAGAUUUAGGACUAACAAAAGAGAAAGCUGAAAUAUUAUGUUCCAGAUUGAAAAACAGGAAUUUGAUAAAAGCGAUGUAAAAGUUACAUCGCCAAGAAAAAGGCACGCCGAUUUGGAAAGUUAUUUAAAAAAAUCAGUUGAACUUGUAUACUGUUGCAGUAUUGAAGAGGUUCUAAAAUAUCUAAAGCUUCCACUGGACUCUUCCGCUUGGCGACUAUUUAUAGAUAGUUCAAAACACAGCUUAAAAGCAGUUUUACUGCACAAUGGAAAUCAGCAUCCAUCAAUACCGGUGGCGUAUUCUACAAAAAAGGAGGAAACAUACGCAAAUAUUUCAAGUCUCUUAAAUAAAAUUGAAUACUAUAAAUAUAAAUGGGAAGUAUGCGCAGACUUCAAAAUGAUUGCAAUAUUGACUGGAAUGCAAACAGGAUACACAAAAUAUAUGUGCUUUCUUUGUAAAUGGGAUUCACGUGCUACCAGCAGCCAUUAUCAUAUUAAAUAUUUCGAAGAACAUAAGGUCAUACUUCCACCGCUGCAUAUUAAGUUGGGCGUGGUGAAAAAUUUUAUUAAAAGCUUAAAUACACAAGGAUAUGCUUUCAAACGCAUUCAAACAAUUUUCCCCAGAUUAUCUGCAGCAAAAUUAAAAGAAGGAAUGCUCGUUGGACCCGAUAUAAGAAAAUUAUUACAAGAUGAAGAAUUUUAUGGUCAUCUGUCGGAUAUGCAAAAGACAGCAUUUGACUUUAUGCAGCUGGUUAUAUCAGAAUUCCUUGGAAACUCAAAAGCACAAAACUAUGCAGAAAAUAUUGAAAGCAUGCUAAUCGGUUUUAACAAUAUUGGCGUUAAGAUGUCACUAAAGCUGCAUUUUCUGCACUCUCAUCUCAAUUUUUUUAAAGAAAACCUUGGAGCGGUUUCAGAUGAACACGGUGAAAGGUUUCAUCAGGUAUUGGAAGAAAGAUUCAAAGGGAAAUCCCAAAGUGUAAUGCUUGCUGAAUACGUAUGGGGCUUGUACAGAAACCUUGACACAUCGGAACAUUCACGUCAAGCUAAAUACAGGAAAGCAUAUUAAGUUUAAUCUUUAAUCCAUUGUCCUACUACUGCUGAAGUAAAAAAAUAAAUAUGUACAUACUAUAAUAAACCACUAUUAAAACAAAAUUAUAAUUUUUUUAUCAAUCGUAAAGGGCUUUAUUUACUCUUGCCAACAGGUGCUACUUCGGACUGAGUAGGCAAUUGAAAAGUAAAGUCCUCUCUCGACGAACAAAAGCCAAACUCUAUAAGUCGCUCAUAAUUCCCGUCCUGCUAUAUGGUGCAGAGGCUUGGACGAUGACAACAACCGAUGAGUCGACGUUGCGAGUUUUCGAGAGAAAAGUUCUGCGAAAAAAAAAAAGUUCUGGUCCUUUGCGCGUUGGCCACGGCGAAUAUCGCAUUCGAUGGAACGAUGAGCUGUACGAGAUAUACGACGACAUUGACAUAGUUCAGCGAAUUAAGAGACAGCGGCUACGCUGGCUAGGUCAUGUUGUCCGGAUGGAUGAAAACACUCCGGCUCUGAAAGUAUUCGACGCAGUACCCGCCGCGGGAAGCAGAGGAAGAGGAAGACCUCCACUCCGUUGGAAGGACCAAGUGGAAAAGGACCUGGCUUCGCUUGGAAUAUCCAAUUGGCGCCACGUAGCGAAGAGAAGAAACGACUGGCGCGCUAUUGUUGACUCGGCUAUCAUCGCGUAAGCGGUGUCUACGCCAGUAAAGAAGAAGAAGAAAGGGCUUUAUUUACAAAAAUGGUGUCUUUGGUGACCCCCACUGAAAUUUUCCGCCAAACAUUUUCGUAGAAUAUUUUAAUCCUUAAAUGUCCUUUUUUAAAGGAUAUUUUUUGAUUUUCUCGAAAAAAGGGUCAAAUUGACCCAUAAAGAAACCAGUUCCACAAAAAUAAUCCUCAUACAAUUCCACAAUACAACUCUGACCAUAAGAAUUCUCUCAGACAUUAACUUACAACAUUUUUUUCAUAUAGUAUAAUGCUCCCUUCAACCAAAAAAUGAAAACUUUGACCCACUGUAAAAAAAAACUCAGACGGGCUGGACCAUAAGUUUGUUCUACAGAAAUGAUCUACUCAACAUACCCUUUCAGAAUUAUAGGGUCGCUAUUCUGUUCCAAAAAUGCUGUUGGACAGUGUAAUUAAUGUCAGGAAUGAAAUAAAUUGCGCAUGGCUUUCCUACUGCUGGCGCUCCGUUCCUUUGUCUCAUUAGCAAAAUACUUAAUGAUUUAUUAUUUAAACGGAAAACUUAUUAAUCUUUAAAAAAUAUUGGUUGAAAACCUUUUAAUUGUCAAUAAAAGUAUAUCUUAACUGGUUUUAGAAAGUUCCAAAGGAUUUGAGUGAUCACGAAAGCUUUUUCGUAUGAGCGGCACAUCAGCACAUCACCGUUUUGUGAGCAAUGACUGAUUUGAAUCGCUGGUUAUUUAUCUGUGAAACAUUUACUUUUUUAGAGUGAAAACUUGAGGGGCUAUACCAGUAUAACGCAUGAAAAAUUAUGCGAUUUUCAAGAAUUUUUUUAAGAGAAAGUGCGCAAUUGAAUAUUUAGAACUUCUUUAAACGUAAUAAUGUAUAUUUUCAGCUAUAUUUUAAGAUUUUUUUUUUAUAAAA